UAAAACCCCCUCAUCUCCGCCAUUAGUAAACCUGCAACUGCUUCUUCGCACCCUCACAAUGUCGUCCGGCGAUGACGGAGAAUCCUCCGGUCGUCUCACCGGUAUCAAAUCUGCACUUCGCGUCGUCCCCAACUUCCCGAAACCAGGCAUAAUGUUUCAAGAUAUCACUACAUUGUUGCUUGAUCCGAAGGUGUUCAAGGAUACUGUCGAUUUGUUCCUUGAGCGGUACAGAAAUGAAAACAUAUCUGUAGUUGCAGGAAUUGAGGCUCGUGGUUUCAUAUUCGGUCCUUCGAUUGCACUUGCAAUAGGAGCAAAGUUUGUUCCAUUAAGGAAGCCAAAAAAGUUGCCUGGUGAAGUGAUAUCAGAAAAAUAUGUAUUGGAAUAUGGGUCGGAUUGCCUUGAAAUGCAUGUUGGAGCGGUUACAUCUGGAGACCGAGCUAUAGUUGUUGAUGAUUUAAUCGCUACUGGGGGCACCUUUUGUGCGGCAAUGAACUUACUUGAGCGUGCAGGAGCCGAGGUUGUCGAGUGUGCUUGCGUGAUUGAAGUACCGGAGCUGAAGGGUCGCGAACGAUUGGAAUCAUGUGGGAAGCCAUUGUAUGCACUUGUUGAGUCGCAGUUUGAGCGAAGAUCAUAAAGAUUUCAUGCAUUGCGGGAAAGGUGUACAUUAGAGGGGUCUUAUUCUUAUUUGCCAUAACUCUUGUCCUAAUAUGUGUCUCGGAUGGUAAACUUUGGUGAUAGAACCUUGGAGAGUAAGAUCAAAUAAAAAACGGCGAUUGUUUUGAUUCUUUUGAUCUGGAUUCAAAUACACUUCGAGUUCACAA